UCUCUCUCUCCCCCGAUCAAUUUCUCGAUCCGUAUCAUUGACUUGUCUUUUUUUUGUAUCGAUUUAGGUUGUCCGUGCUUCGGCUUUUGGGUUGGGUCUCAUCUAUCGCAACAUCAAGCUCAAGGCUUUGAAGGAAAAUGGGAGAUUCGUUUCCAACAGAUGUCAAACUGCCAACGCUUCUGUACCAUAUAGUACAGGAGCCAAAUUCAAAUGAGGGGAUAAAUCAAUGUGCAAGAUAUGAGUUUAUCGAGAAAGUACAAAAGAUCCUCACUCCUACAGAGUUUCAGAGAAUCAGAGAAUCGUUUUUAGGACCCGUUCUGAAGGCUGAAGCAAGGGGAUUAAAUCUGUCAGGCAAGGUGAUCCAUUGUUUCUUGGCGAGAAGCUUAACGACAGCGAAGAAAAAUGAGUUGUGGUUUCAUUUCGGGGGCCAACCUAUGAAAUUCUCUAUUAGAGAAUUUCAUAUGGUUACUGGAUUGAAAUGUUCUCCCCAGGAAGCUGCUGAAAAUGUGCAGGAUAAUCGCUAUGCUUGGGCAAAUACCAGUCAGCAACACACAUCUGAGGAGCUGUUAGAGAUAUUGAGAAACACUAGUAGAAAUUCAGGGGACGAGAGAUUCCUUCUUGCGAUGCUCCUGUUGACGGAGUGUAUCUUUCUCAACUUGUAUAAAGGCAACAAGUUCCCUGCAGCUCACCUUAAGAGAGCUCAAAAUGUGCAUCAAUUCCUCAACUAUCCAUGGGGGAUAGAUGCCUUCAAGGUGCUGUUGUCCUCGAUUAAUUCUGUUGUGCCAUCUAAAUUGUUGAAGAGUAAGUAUACUAUCCAAGGGUAUCCGUUGGCUCUCCAUCUCUGGAUUCUGGAAUCCAUUCCAGUGUUGCAAUCAAGCUUAAGCAAAGUGAAUUUGCUCGAGCCUCGGACUGCAUUCAUUUGUGAGAGGUACACGAGCACAACAACUCCACAAAUUCCGCAAAUAGAAAACUUAGAAGCUUCAGACAAUUUGAAUGUGACUUGCAUCUUACCUGCAAUACCUAAUGAUCCUGAAGAUACAGUCUCAUUGGAAGACGAAGAUGAUCCUGAAUUGAGUUUGCUGGUCGAACUUCUCUCCAAAGGCUACAAAAUGAAAGCUGAAGAUUGGCGAAGAGGAUCACUUGACGUUGGAGCUGUGGUGGAAGAGGUUGCUAUGAACUCUUAUAUGUUCUGUAACAAGGAGGCAGUGAAACCAUCUUCAUCAGGCGAGUCAUUAAUGGAGAAGCUUGACAAGCUAUACAAGCUGGUUGAAGAUGGGUUCAAAUCAACAAAUCAACGCUUAUCAAAGAUGGAGAAGAAGCUGAGAAUACUUAGUGCAAGAAAAAGAAAAGAUCAGAGGGAAAGACCAGAAACUCCAUCUCCUAGGGAAAAUGAUUUCUUUUUCAACAAUCCCCCACCUACUAUGGCUACUGAACAACCAGCUGAGAAAGCAGAUGAGCAAGCACCUGAUCAAACAACUGAGCAACAUACUGUCCCUCUUACUCAGAUUUCCCAGACUCAGAAGACGACCCAAACAGAGGAGAUAACCCAGAAGAUUAGUUCUACAAAUGAGAUGAACCAAGAUGAGACAAAUGCUGAGAACCAAGCACAGGAGGUAACCCAGGAUAUCAAUUCUUCAAGUGAAGAUAAUGCUCAGCGUGAGGAUCCAAGUUUGCAAAGAGAUACUGAAGAUAGUGGUGUGAAUGCUGAGAAUCGUGAUGACUCGAGACCAACACUUGCUCAAGACUAUACUGGCGGCAUAAUGUUGAUGGAAGAGGUUGAGGUUUUUUACAAGAACGAAUGGAAGAAAGGAGAAGUCCGAGCAAUUAGGCCACCUAAACUCCAUGUCCUUAUGAAAGAUUUGGGCCAAGAGUAUAUGUUCACCUUUGAUAAGAUAAGGUACUCGUGGAGAUGGGAAGAACAACAGCUCCUGAAAGAGAAGGAGAAGGGUGAACAGAGCCUGAAAGAGAAGGAGAAGGGUGAACAGAGCCCGAAAGAGAAGGAGAAGGGUGAACAGAGCCUGAAAGAGAAGGAGAAGGGUGGAAAAAAACUUAAAAGGAUCAAGACACCUUCGUUUGAUCUGAAGAUUGUUACUCCACCGGAGGAGAAAGCUGACGAGAAAGGCAACAAAAGGCAAGCUGAUAACACCUUGGCUGAUAAUCACCUAAAAAGGAUGAAGAAAAGGAAACUCGAAUCACGUGGUAAUGACCAGCAGAUUCUAAGGCGUAGCAAUCGAGUCGCUACUCCAUCACAACCUCUUGUCACUCCUUAUAAGGCUCCACGGAACCCAGCAGCAGGCAGACAUCCAAUCUUCGACCCAUUACUGUCUCCGACUUUCGAUAUGGUUGAAGAAUUGAAGGCGUGGAAAGAAUCCAAAAAAACUGAAACAAGGACUGAUCAACAAUGUCUCCAACCAUUGACCCCGCAAUGGUUUGAUGAGCUCGGAAAACUAGAAACAUAUCUGCACGCAACGGAUAAAAAGGGAUAUGAGUUUCCUGUGGAGUUAACUGAUGUUGUCAAAGGAGAAGUGCCACCAAACAAAAAAUGGGGAGAAGAAAUUGAUGUGGUCUAUGGUGUUAUACACAGCAAAGAGUGUAACCAAUGGAUUGGGGUGGAGAUCAACAUAGUUGAUUCCGCCAUCUUAAACUGUUCCACUUCAUAUCAGGUAACCAUUCCGAAGAAGAACAUUAUUCACACAAAGGUCGAUGCAAACUGUUCUCUUUUUCUGCUGAAGAUGAUUCAAUGCCACUCGAUGAAGAUUGAAGAUUUCUCCAAGCUGCGUGAUAUAGAUUCAGAAGACAUCAGAAACAAGUUGGCUGUGGAUAUCUUCAAUGAGUGUGUUAAGAUUUCUUAGGACUAUGUUUCUUUAUUGGAUGUAUGAUGCUUGUGAAACCGUUUUAGACUGUUUUGGUACUUCUAUGAUGGUUCUGAACUAGAAAAGUAUCAUAUGUUUCUAUUUAUGUUUUUUUUGAGAUAUUCAAUGUAUGCUACUUUGUUAGAUACCAUUUGUUUCCUACAGGUUAUCCAUGUAAUAGUUACUUCCUCCAGGAUUCGAAACCGGGGCGUAUUGUAUUUGUAAUUGAACAUGUAACCAGUGAGCCAAGCUUCUAAUUGUAAAUAUUGCACAAACGAACGCAUAUAUUACUAUGAAACACGAAACACAUCAUGACAUAAAAAGAGAUUUUAUAG